AUGGAGGAGACAAAGCACUCGAAGAGUUACCCCGUGGUCCUACCAGCCCUAAUUCCGGACAUCAAAAGUGUUUACGAUGUCUAUUUCGCAUCCUUCCUGAACGAAAAGAUGGCGCGCAUAAUGGUCGAUAUUAUCUUUCCCGGGGGCAUCAUGGAUGCUGAAGACUUCCGGAAAAACCAUACUGCUGGGACCUUGGCAUAUUGGCAUUCUGCCGACUCCCAGUACACGUUCAAGUGCGUCGACAACCAUAGCGGAGAUGUGAUGGGUAUGGCACUUGGCGAUAUCAUCCUGCGAGAGCGAACGCCAGAGGAACGGCAGUUUACAGGCAUCCCCUGGCUUGAGGGCAAAGAUCGGGAAAGAGCGGAGAAAGUCAUUGGCCCCUUGGCCGAGAUGCGAGAAAGGCUAUUUGGAGGUGCCCGCCAUAUUUAUGUCCAUGUCAUUGCUGUUCACCCGUCCUAUCAGCGUCGUGGUGCUGCCAGGGCACUGAUAGAGUGGGGUAUCGAUCUCUGCGACAGAUCAAACCUCCCUAUAUACCUAGAAUCUUCCCCGACCACGAUGCCACUCUAUAAGAAAAUGGGAUUUGUAACGCUGAAAGAGAAGAUCGUCCACAAGAAAGAAGUCUUGGGAACAGAUGAAGACAUCGAAGUCCCCCUGAUGGUGCGAAUGCCAUCUUACGCAAACAUGACUUUUGACCAGUGGCGUGAGAGGGGCUACCCGGACUUCGAGAAGCCAGGCCUGUCGACGGGUUCCGGGUCACAUAUCCCUGUUCUCGGUGGCCUGAUUUCGCGGGUUGUGAAAAUGUUGACAGGGUUGAUCCACUCAUGA